CUGCCUUUUGCCUGCUGCUGGGUCCACGGUGGGUGGGGUGGCAGCGAGCAUGGCCCCGGGGCUCUCUCUGCUCCCCUUGCUCCUGGCCCUUGUCCACAACCUGCUGAGGGCCCUGACCGCCCAAGAGGUGCAGCAGUCCCCUCCCUACAUAAUCGCCCCAGAGGAGAGUUCCAUCAACAUCACCUGCUGCACCAGCGGGACCCUGCUCGGGCUCCACCUGAAGCAAAGUUGGCCGAAGCCCAGCAACGUGAUUUAUUAUGAGGGUGAGAGGAAGACUACCGUGGACGAACGGUUCUGGGGCCGCGUCACCUUCUCAGGGCCACGAGACAACUUGACCAUCACUGUGCACCACCUGCAGCUGGCUGACACCGGCAUCUACACCUGCCAGGCCAUCAUGGAGAACAUCUUGGAGAUCCAGGGCCCCGGGACCUCAGUUGUGGUGACAGACAAACUGUCCCAAGCAGUGAACACAUGCCGGGAGGCUCAGCUGAUACACACUGCCCUCCCCACGGCCCUGGCUGUGGGCUUCUUCCUCAUCGGGCUAGGACUGGGGGCGGUGUGUGUGCUGAGGAGGACCCAGAUCAAGAAACUCUGCUGGGCCAGUGAUAAGAACUCGGUGUGUGUGGUGUACGAGGACAUGUCCUACAGCCGCCGCAACACAGUGUCCACCCCCAACCCGUACCAGUGAGCCCCGUGGGCCCCCUGGGCCUCCCUCUGCCCGAACAGAGCUCCGGGAAGACCAGCGGAGCCAGCGCCAACGCGAGGGCAGCUUCCUGCAGCAGUCAGGCUCUGGGCACCUCCUCUGAGAAGUCUUCUUUGGCUGCCUCCUGCCCUCCUCUCCCUGCCCAGCUGCCCCUGGCUCCUUGAAGCUACCAGGGAGAAAGUCUGUCUGUCUCUCUGUCCUGCUGCAGCCAGGGGCAGCAGGCAGCUUGGUGCGGGGGGGGGGAGAGGGGGCAGCCACUGCCAGAAAUAAAGUGCUUCUCAUCUCCCUA